CCCCCUCCGUUCCGCAAACUGUCCUGCCAUUCUCUAUCUUCUUCCGCCGUAAUUCAAGGGCUGUUGCUUCAUCUUGCAACUGCAGAAAUCGUGUUGCAUUCGAAAUGGCGUCAGGGACUUCCUCGACUGGACCGCAGAAUAACCGCGACUCUGCGGGACUGGGCCGUCCACCGUCCUUGCCCAGCGGCAAGAGCAGUGCCUCCCCUCCAAAAGUGGCCCAGCAUGAGGCAACCGUCGAACUCCAGAGUAUGAAGACGGAGCGGAGCAAUAUAAAGGGUGCGAUUCGACUCGGCGAGGACAUUAUGCAGAUUGCUCGCAUCGGAGAGAUCUCAGUCAUGCAGAAAUUAUUCGAUGAGAAAAAAUUCACAGCUGACUACAAGGAUGAGGAAGGAAUCACCCCAUUACAUUGGGCUGCUAUAAACAAUCAAUAUGCUAUGUGCAAAUUCCUUCUUGAUUCUGGUGCCGAUGUUGAUGCCAAGGGGGGAGAAUCGGUGGCUACUCCGGCUAUGUGGGCAGCGCAACGUUGCCACUAUUAUAUCGCUACAAUAUUCUACAUCUUGCCACGAUUGAUGGAAAUGCAUUCCUGCUUGUGCUUCUUUUACACCAAGAAAUACCGGUGGAUGUUCCCGACCAACAAGGCCACACAGGUCUAAUGUGGGCGGCGUAUAAAGGUUACCCUGCAUGUGUGGAUAUCUACUUGCGUUGGGGUGCCAACGCCAAUGCGGUUGAUGAUGGCGGUCUAACCCCUCUCCAUUGGGCCUUGGUCAAGGGAUCUCUUCCUUGCGUCCAUAAGCUCAUAGAAUAUGGUGCAGAUAGGUUCGCAAAAACCAGAGAUGGUAAAACGCCAG